UAGAGAAGCCAUGUUGUGAUAACUUCCUGUAGGUGGAGCUUCAGAAAGAGCAGGUGUUUUUAAAGAGACAGAGGCCCAAUUUCAAGGCGUUUAAUUGGGAAGUUAAACUUCUUUAAGUCAUAUUUGCUAGAGCAUUUUGAUAAUAAUUGAAGGUGACAGUUACUUUAUUUGCUAUAAAAUGUCACUCUGUGCCUGGAAAACUCAUAAUAUUGCCCCUUUAAUACUAGACUUGUAAAUAAAUGAAGAGAUCUUUCAAUUUUAAAAUGUAAUGGAGAAAGCGGAUCUGUUGCUAUCAUUCUUAACUACUUUGACCAAGCAGAACAUAUUUCUGUAAGCAGUUCUGUUUGGGCCACUCCUUUUAAACCAUCAGAAAAUCAAAUAAACAGACUUUUAAUUGCCCAUUUUGACAGCAACCAUCCUCCAUAUGAAUAUUAUUUUUUAGCAAUGCAUCUUUACUUUUAUUGGCUUGCUGCAUGCUGCUGUAAAGGCAUAGACCUCUGGGAUUUUUAAUAUCUACAAAAAAUUAUUAAGAAAUCUGGGAGCAGAAAGAGAUUAAAUUGGAUGCAACACAGGUUGCAUCAUUUUAACUGUAAAAAAGGAAACAAAUAAAGUUUCUAAUUAACAACAGUUUAAAAAAAAACAGUUCUAAUUAGUUCCAGUCUCCAAUCUCCAAUCUAACGUCUUGGACAUUAGAACAAGUUCAGACGUUAAUAAUUUUCAUCAAGAAUGUGGAACUAAAACCAUGCUGAAAAUCAGGAAAUGUUGCAUAUCUGCUUCUAUAGAAACAUGUUUCAAAUGUAAAAAUGUAAAAAGUAACUGACUGGAGUCAUUGUUUUCUUACUGAAAACAUUUCAUUUCUCCGUAUGAUUUGGGACCCAAAGGGACCGUCCUACUGAAACUGCCCGGGGCCCUUCAGGAGUUAAGCCCGGCCCUGACCCAAACAUAUGUUGGAUUUUCCUUCUUUUCAAAGCAGAAACCAGAACUGCUGCUUCCUGUAGCCAAUCACGUCCUCCGGUGAAUGAAAUAUGGAGUCAAACAGGUCGGACGGCAGCGGGAUGAGCCGAGUGACAGAAAGUUUCUGAGGGAGACGCUGGUUCCUUUCUGAGGCCGGAUCUGUUGUUGUUUGGUUUUUAAAUGAAGGAUGAGGGAAAAAUGCGACUGAGGCAGCGAUAGGUCUCCAUGCUGAAUUCAGAUUUCAAGGCACAUCGGAACAUGUUGAAAAUCAGAAUAUUAAAGCCUGAAGCACACUGAGGAAAAUGAGUGUUCCUAAAGAACCGCCAGCGGUGAAGCGGACUGAAACACGGGAGGAUGACGACAUCGGGCCAAAGGAGCCGAAAGGUAAAGACGAGCAGGGAAAGGAUUUCCCUAAAACGACUCAAACAGCAAAACCAGCGUUCAAUCCUCUGACUCUCAUCAAAGAGGACUUCAACCAGAUUAAAGAGGAAAUGAAGAAAAUGUUCAAGGACAAAGACUCGGAUCCCAAACCGAGCCAAUCAGCGGAGAAGAGUAGCGGCCCUCUGACACUCUUGAAAGAGGAACUCUCCAACGUUUUCAGGUUUGGUCCUUCGAGAGAUCGAGAGAACAAGAACGUGGAAAAGAAGGAAGAUUCCAGGAACAACCCCAGGACAAAAGCCUCAAGAGGAGAGAGACCAGAUGAAACGCCAAAGAGUCUGUUCAGGAGGGAGAACCCUCUCCUGAAGACGGCUCAAACAAAUCAGGCUAAAAAGAGCAAAGCAGACUUAGAAAUAAAUCCAACAAAACAAAACAAAGAAACUGAAAACACACAGAAAUCUAACGACCCGAUAAACUGUCUGGAUAAAUCCAGGGUCAGUCAGGUGACUGAUUGUGGUUCAGAGAAGAGACCCGAGAAGAUAAAGACUCCAAAACCACAAAGUGAGAAGCUGUUUGCAUCAGCAGCAGCUCCUGAAAAAAGUCUAACUAGAAUCUGGGAGAACGAAGAAAAAGAAGAAAAUGAACCUUUAGAAAAGGUUCUGUCCUCUGAAGUCAGUUUAAUCCCUCUAAGAACCAACCUGAGUCAUCAGCCAACAGAAGACUUCUGGUCUCUGAAAAACUCUGCGAUUUAUCUGACCUUUGACCCCAACACGGCCAACUCAGAGCUUCGCUUAGCUGAUGGCAACCGAAAGGCAAGUCGAGACUGGUUGACAGUUCAGCGUGCGGAGCACCCGGAGCGGUUCGAGCAAUGCCCCCAGGUUCUGUGCAGAGAGGGGCUGCUGGACCUGGCUUACUGGGAGGUAUCAUGGAGCGGCGGCGCCGACAUCGGCGUUACUUACAACAACAUCUCCAGAGACGGAGACACGGCGAGCUGCCUGCUGGGUCACAACCACCGGUCCUGGAGUCUGGAGUGCUCCAACGGGUUCUACACGCCGUGCCACAACAACAAGAGAUUCCAGUCCUGCUCGCCUGAACCCUUCAGCAACAGGGUCGGCGUUUACCUCAACUGCCCAGAGGGGACGCUCUCGUUUUUCUGCGUUUCCAAGGAUGCGAUGGUUCACCUGCACACCUUCACCUGCACCUUCACGGAGCCGCUGUACCCCGGGUUCUGGGUGUGGGCCAGCGACGGCUCGGUGACUCUGUGUCAGGUGGAGCUGUGCUGGGAACGUCUUCUGAAGUGAGACUAACGGUGCGACUGAAGGACUGCUGACGAUUUCCAAACUGUCAGUCUUCUGCUGCAGCUGAGUGAAUGAUGCGGGCAUUAACCGACAUCUUCUUAUGAAGGACACAAUAUGUAUGAACCAAGGAAGUGUUACUUUAGAAAGAUUUCAUGACAAAGACUAAAUGAACUCUAUAAAAAUUUUAUAUUUAAGUGUAA